AUGCUGAGACAGCUUUCCGUCGUGCGGCGCUGCCUACGACUGCGCAACAUCUACCAAUCUCACCCCUCACUCCCGCACUUCAGGUACUGUGCCCAAGCAGCGAACGAGAGCACUCCCCCCCCUCCCACGCGCACCACCGAUCUAUCCUCGCCACGCCAUUCUCCGCAGCCUCCUGCACCGACGAUCGCUCCGAACGUGAAGAAUGUGAAAUGGGAAGUUACAGCUGUAGACGACGGCUCCCGCCUUGAUCGCUUCAUUAAACGCCGUGCACCAGGAGUACCACCUGGACUCAUCCAACGUCUCAUUCGCAAGCGCUCCAUCAUGGUGCAGUCAAUCCCAGCAAUCCGCAACGCACAUCCGGUUCGAACUGGAGAUGUCGUCACCUUCCCGGGGCACAUAAAGCUGGGCCUAUCUCGAGGGAAGAGAAAGCCGCAACCAGAUGAUAUUUCCCUUGCAGAGUCGGCGAUUGUGAAGCACUGGGUCUUACAUCGGGAUGCACGAUGUGUCGUUCUCAAUAAGCCCGCAGGCUUGCCCACGCAGGGAGGCUCUUCAGUAGGUACCAGGCAUUUGGAGGCUCUCUUGCCUGGCAUUGGCGAGGGUAGGUACUGGCUUGUCCAUCGUUUAGAUAAGGAAGUCGGUGGCGCUAUAGUUGUCGCACGCGAUGUCGGAGCUGCAGGCUUGCUCGCAGAGCAUUUUCGAGGAAGGCUUGUCCGAAAGACAUAUUGGGCGUUGGUGGAGGGUUCCGUGAAAGACAAAACAGGCUUUAUUGACCUCCCCAUAGAUGGGAAGAGAGCAAGGACUGACUACAGAGUAAUCCAGAGCUUGGACAAAAAGUUUGUUUGGUUGGAACUCAGCCCUAGGACCGGAAGAAAGCAUCAGCUGCGGAUUCAUUGCGCUGACGGCCUCGGGACCCCGAUUGUAGGCGACGGCAAGUACGGACACGGCGGGCCCGAAGGUCUGGAUGGGCAGAAUGUAGAUGGUGGGUUACUAUCUCUCAUGAAUCCUGGGCUGCAUUUGUUUUCAAGAGAGAUACAGUUUCCAAAGUUAACACAGCAUAUGUCUGGCGGCGGGAAGCGAUCAAAGAGGACAGCUGGGAGCGAUGGAACUGGCUUUCCAACAAUCACGGCUAGGGCUCCGCUUCCGCCGCACAUGAAGGAUACAUGGAAACGAUUUGGACUUGAAGAACACUUUGCGGCAUGA